AUGAUGUACAACAGAUGCUCUCGGGACUUCCAGAGGUGGGCCAGCGACGACGGCCUGCCGUUGAACAGGAGCUUGGACAUCAGCACAGCGAUGUUGGAGUACCUGGAGGAGCUCCACUUCCAGGGCCACAACCGCGACUCGGGCGAGAAGGUGAUAGCCGCUCUGGAGUGCCAGGGUCCAGGCCUCCGCAGUUCGGAGACGUUGGAGAGGGCCAAGCAAUCCUUGAUGGGCUACAGACGUCUGGCGCCGGGGCCCAGCAGAGCCCCGAUGCCGUGGAUAGGGCGGUGUGCGAUGGUGGGGGCAACCCUGCGCAUCAGCGAGUUCGAGUUCGCGCAGUGCCUCAUCUUUCUCUUUCGGACCUACUUGCGGCCGAGAGAGUGCCUGGGACUUCGGGGGGCCGUGCCGACCAAGACGGAGGAGUUCGACUGGAGCCUCCUGCUAGACAGCAUCGAACUCACUUACUUGUACCCGCGUUUCAUCACUCUGAAGAAGCGCGCCAACCACGACAUGGCGUGGUCCUUCGCCUAUCGGAAGUUCUCGAGCCUCUUCGAGAGGACAGCCGAGGUGGCUGGCCUGGUCCAGGCCAACUUGCAAAUUGACAUGAUGAGGCACGGUGGUGUCCGCGACGACGCCGCCCGUCAGGCGCGGUCGUUGGGGGCCAUCAAGCGGCGCGGCCGCUGGGCUGCAGACGCCUCGGUGAAGCGGUGCGAGAAGCACGCCAGA